UUAUAGAUGUAAAGGAAGCAAUGAAAUGUACGAAUGAUUUUGAAUGUAAUACAAAUUAUGAACCUAUUUGUGGUACGGAUGGAAUUACCUAUAUCAAUCAUUGUCGCUUAAUUAAAACACAAUGUCAUAAUAAGGCAUUAUUAGUGGCAUAUAACGGAGAAUGUUGUACAAAUCGUUGUGAACAACAUUGGGCUCCAAUAUGCGAUAAUCGGAAUGUUACUCAUUUAAAUUUAUGCAUGUUCAGCGUGCAAAAUUGCAUCGCUACACGACGUGAUGGUCAACCAUUGAGUAUUGUCAACUAUACAGCAUGUUCCAAUGAUGCAUGCAACAUGCAAUGCAAAUCAAAUGAUUAUCAACCUGUUUGUGCUUCAAAUGGUAUAACUUAUCAAAAUGAAUGUGAAUUAAACAAUGUAAUUUGUGCACUUAAUAAGCAACAUAAUCGAUUGGGUACGAUUAGAAGUGAAGAAAUGAAAUUGGAACUUGAUUAUAUAGGUGAAUGUUGUGAAGAAAUUAGCGGAAAAUGUAAUGAUAGCGAUAAUUUAUCACCAAUUUGUGAUAGUGAAGGUCAAACGCAUAAUAAUAUUUGUGAAUAUAAACGAAUGGCAUGCCUUUCACAAAAACGUUUUCGAACUAAUUUAACAAUUCGAUAUUUGGGUGAAUGUUGCACGGAUAAUUGUCAAUAUGAACAACAAUCAAUGAUAUCAAUUUGUGAUAAUACACAAAUAACUCAUGAUAAUUGGUGUAAAUUUAGAUUAGCACAAUGUGAAUCACAUCGUCGUAACAAUCGUACAUUACAUGUCGCAUAUAUGGGUAAAUGUUGUAUGAUAUCAAAUGACAAAAAUUGCACAAAUAGUGGACCUAUUUGUGAUACAAAUGGUAUAACACAUCUUAAUUUGUGUACUUUUUGGCAUAAACAAUGCAUAAUGAAUCGAACACAACAAAGAUUAAUUAAUAUUGCAUAUUAUGGUAAGUUAUUUUAA